AUCAUUUUUAUUGGGACAUAAACAUUCUCCCUCACCUUUCUCUUUUAUAAAUAGGGCCUCUAAAUAAUCCAGAAGAGGUUCCUCCCCAGUAUCAGGUAAGCUGGACCGUAGGAGGAUCAGUCUUGCUGCACGUGAACGUGUCCUCAGAAGAAACCGUAGACAAAAUUGAUUGGGAUUUCAAGCUUAAAACUGGUUUGGAGCUCUGGUUUGCUGAAUCCAGGGGUAGAAAGCUGGAGAGGCCUCAUCCAAGAGACAGAUUUGGGCAGCGGCUAGAAAUGGUCAAUGAGACCACACUGAGGAUCAAAGAUCUGAAGAUGGAGGACAGUGGAGCAUACAGGGCUCGCGUGAGCUUUGCUACACAACACUUUCAAGAUCAAACAUUCCUCCUCACUGUAUACGAGCCGGUCCCAGAGCUGAAGAUUCUCCCCCGAAAUGUGUCCAAUACUCCAUAUGGCUGCAAUGUGACCUUGCAAUGUCAGGUGUCCGGAAAGGGAGAAUUUAACAUCUCCUGGAGAAGAGGGAACCCCCUCAGGGACAUAGAAGUUGGGUCGGACUGGUUCCAGCUCUCUAACAAUGGCAAGGACCUCCACUUGUCCUGGUGGCUCAACUCCUCAGAGCCCAAUUUCACCUGCCUGGUCACCAGUCCAGACGAUCAGAAGAACAUCUCCUUCAGUGUGCUCAAUAUUUGCCAGACUAGGGGAGAAAACACCCCUAUGUCUUGGGUAAGCCUGAGAGUUAUCUUCAUUCUUCUAGGACUCUUGGUGCAGAUCACAAUUCUCACCUUGGUGUACAUAUUUGGAAGAAAAGAAUAGCACUGAAUCUGCUGAAGUCCUUUGAGGGAGACCCAUGUGAAUCCCACAAUAUUCCCUUUUUAAAAUCCAUUUGUCUGACAUGUUUGAUUUGCACUUUUUAGUCCCUACCUGCAGCCUUCAAAAUUCUGAUGAGAGAACGCUUCUCAUUUCUAAAGGUGUAUUUUGGGAAUAUUUUGGUUGGGAAGGAGGUGGAAUAAACAAAUUUUGAUGGUUUUUCUGCCUUCUGGAGAGGCCAUCUCAUCAGGAGGUCUCUAUGGUCCUUUCAGGACUUGUUGAUGAACUUUUUAGCGAGCCUUUUGAGUGGAGAUAUUUUUAUACCCACCUGAAUUUGAAAUUGUUCUUAUAGCUGUUUUUAUUGUUGAUGUUUCUUAUCGUUAAAUUGCUUUGGAUGUUUCAUGGGAAGUGAUGCACGAAUGAAACAAAUCGAUAAAAUAAAGCAGAGUGAUCUUCUUCACUAAACCAGGGAGGCUGGGAGUUGUACUCCAACAACAGGAGGACAACAUUAACAAUGCAUUUUAUUUGGGAAAAUUGCUUGCAAAAAUGUUGAUAUUUUAGAAAAUUGCAUGUCAAGUCAUUUUAUUACCAGUUUCAAAACAAAGAACACCACUUACAAAAUUUAAAAGCUCAGAACAAAGUAAAAAAACAGCAACUGUAAAACCACAUAUACAUGCAAAAAAAGGUAAAUUAGGAAAAAUGCACUCUAAAAUGCUAGUGAAUUAUCACGAGGUCUUAAAAAUAUCCACAAACUGAUUUUGAAAUGUGGUUAAUUGUAUUAAAUAUACAUGAGCAACAGAUAUAACUUAAGGGUGUGGAAACCCAGACCACCCCAAAUUGGUUCGGAUCCUGAUUUGGAUCUGUCCCUGAUUUGCUUUGGAUCAAUUUGGACCCAAUUCAGCUCAAUUCCAGUGCAUUCAUCUGCCCUGGGAAACCAAAACAGCCACACACACACCCUUGCGUCGCUGGACGUAGGUGCAUGAAAUUUGGAGACAUUGUAUUCUCUCAAGAGGUGGUUAACCCCAUCAAAUUUCAAAUAGGGUUUGUGCAAGCCACCUUUAAAGCUUACAGAAAGAAAGAAAGAAAGAAAGAAAGAAAGAA